UGGCGUCACCAGAUAACCCCGCCCACAUGACCCCCUCCCCAGCUGCCUGCGCUGCUGCCGUGCCCUUCCAUUCAAUUCCCCGCGUGCUCCCUCAGUCACCGUAUAUUCACUUGGCGCCCGCCACCAGUCGACCCAAGGCGCUUCACGGAGUCAUGGCGCAGCGAGAGGCGGCGGCGGCCAAGGCGGCCGGCGGCGGGAGGAGGCCCGCUGGGCACGUCGUCGACCUGGAGACAGGCGGGGAGCGGGUGGCGGGGCGAGAAGGGCGGGCGGGGUGGGCGGCCGCGGCGGCAGUGGCGGGGGUGGGGCUGGCGGGGGCCGGCGUGCUGGUGUGGUGGGCGCUGGCGUUCCACCCGGCGCACCAGCAGCUCUGGAUGGUGCCCGUCGGCCUCGUCCUCCUCGGCACGCCGCUCGUCGCCUGGCUCUCCCUCUUCGCCUCCGGCGCGGGACGCUGGCUCGGCCGCCUCCGCGCCGGCGACGGACGCCCGCCCGGCGCUGCCCCCGCCGUGGUCCCGGAGAGAUGAUCCGUCCAUCCAUGGCGCGGCUGCCGGCGUGCAUGCAGAUUCAGUAGGGUUGGCUCUUGGUCUUGGGUGUACAUUUUUUUCUUCCCCGUCUUUCUUUGGUUCUUGUCAUGGCCGUCGGAAGGUGAAUCGGAAAAACAUUUUGCUAGCAGCACUACGGGAGCUUACUGUACUGAUUCUGCAGAUGUUUGAUUGCUUAUCUCAAGCAGAUUUGCUUGGUUGGCAGCCGUUUCAGAACGCGGGAUUUCCAUUUGAAUACGAAACUAAACCCCUAUCUGCAGAAUUUACACUUGAAAAUGAAAGAAAUUUUCAUAUGGA